AUGCACGGCCGGGACGUGUCGGCUUUUGACAUGUUUCGGAAAAUGCAGGCCAGCGGUUGGCACUCCGACCAGUUCCUGUUUGGAUGGAUAGCGGACGACCGGAGCAGAAUUCGCGAGGAAUUCGCUGAGCCCGGCGAUCGCGUGCGGUGUAUCGAAUGCUGGAGGCGAUAUGGAAAAGCAGCCCCAUGGGAUUGCGGAGUGUGCGAGUCAGUGUGGGCCAAAUGUUACCCAAUGAAGAUCCAGAAGCGAGGCUGCCCGGACGGAAUCGCCAACCUAAUCGAUUUGGCACUUUGCCCAACGCGACCACGGCUAUGCGGACGUGUCCAUGAGGUAUCCGGAAUACAAAAGGACAACUCCUGGGAUCUGGAAGCGUUUUUGCAAGCAUUCGAACAACGCCUUAAUCGCCUGCACAACGGCCAGAUGACGUUGGUGCGCGAGACGGAGCACGUGAAAAUUCUGGAAGGAUGGAUGAUGAAACGAAUAAAAACGGUUUCCGAGCCGACCCUCCUUCGCCACUUUUGCCGUAUCAAUGUCUAUGGGAAAGAAUUUCUCGCCGCCUUUCUAUUGUCGGACAACGUUUUCUACGGCAUGGAGAAUUUUUUCGUCGCUGUUAUUGAUAAC